GACAGCAAAUUAGUUCACGAGUGCACCUUUUUCACAAGCAAGCAAUUUGAAUUUGUUUUACGAUUGAAAAUUUCAGAUUCAUGGAGCUCGUGAAUGGACUUUCGACCCCAAUUAAGAUGGAGAAGGAAACUACCGAAAAAAUCAACGAUACUGAACGAGUGGCAACGAUUUCACCAAAUGGGUAUGAUACGUUUUUAUUUUUCAAGGCUUGUGUUGAGCAUCAACCAACAUUAUUAUCAUUAUUGCCCUGUUGCCAGUGCCGAACUGAUCGCCAUAAAUAUUAAAUUGUUCUUCCAAAAUUCCGUUUUGGCUUUCGAUUUAUAAUCCACUUCUCAGCAAUAUAUUCUACCUAUGACAUGUGCAGGAUGAAGUAGUGGUUUUAUUAUGUAUGCCUAAAUGGCACUUCGUCAUCUGGCUUAACACAGCCGAAUUAGUGUAGAAGUUAGUUACAGAGCUCAAGAUUAUGAUUAUCGCUAGCGGUACUGUUUGCUGUACAGACACUUUAUGCACAUCCAAGCGAAGUGUCGAAAAUUGCAGCCAAACGGACUGUCAAAAAGUGCAGCCAAACGAGCAUGAUGGUUUUGAGAGGGGAAGUACAAGAGGAAGCCCAUGCAAAGCUUUUAUGGGAGCUUCCGUGAAGCCAGUUUACAUUCACGAUUGCUAAUUCUACUGUUUUUCUCUCCGCUAGUCUGUUAUAUAAAGUGUCUGUAGUUUGCUGUAUCUUCGGUCGGGUAAAGCUUACACGCGCUGACAAAUUCGACUGAUAAGUCGAUAUAAAAUGCCAUACUGUGACCCGUGUUUACUAAUGUCGUUUUCGAUUGAGAACCUAGAAACCAACCCAGGUUAGUUGUAUCAAACGAACGUUUUAAUGGAACUGAGUUGGGUUCUCGCAAAAAUAUAUUUCAGGUUAGAACCCAACCCGGUUUUCAGUUCAGUGGCGCAUAACCUAGGUUCGAAACUGGCUUCAAACAAACGGUUUGACAGCAGUUAGGUCUGAAACUGAGUUAUGUCGUUUUCGAUAGAGAACCUAGAAACUAACCCAGGUUAGUUGCUUCAAACGAACGUUUUUAUUGGAACUGAGUUGGGUUCUCGCCAAACAGCGGUGGUGUGAGCGAACCCGAAAUAUAUUUCAGGUUAGAACCCAACUCGGUUUUCAGUUCAGUGGCGCAUAACCUAGGUUCGAAACUGGCUUCAAACAAACGGUUUGACAGCAGUUAGGUCCGAAACUGAGUUAGUUUCUGCCUCAAGCGAAAACGACAUUAGUUUCUGCCUUAAGCAAAAACGACAUAACUGCCAUUGAAUUGUGAAGCAAUUCCCGGUCAAAAAAAUGCGGACGAACGUGGUCAAGAGAUUUACACGGUAAAAAAAAACUACCCAUUUUAUGUAUUCAAAUUGCCCAUUUUCGGAAGUUAUUCGAGCUGUCAAAAAUGGGUAUUUUUUUGUUUCUAACAAUGAGUACUUUUUAUCCAUUUCACAACUACUCGAUGAGGUAAUGUCAAUGAGUAUUGAUCUUGAUAAUGGGUGAAAAAUCCUUAAGCAUUAUUUCAAGCGAGUUAACCUGCAAACUAAGGGUCGUAGUGGAACCUGCAAACCUGGCGGAAACGGAACAUUUCGGCAAUGCUCCGAAAACAACGUCUGUUUAGACUACUGAGGAUGUUGAAAAUAUGCGCCAGCUCGGCAUUUUUAGAGCAGCCAAAAGAUCCAGCCAUCAAAAAUAUAUCCAGUUGGCGGUUUUAUUAUGUUCAGUAGUUUUAGAAUAGGAUUUCUAUCUAGAUUCCUAUACUUUUAUGAGGAAACAAUACUAUGAAAUGAAUGUUAUUUUAUGUUUUUUUUUAAUUCUGAAAUAAUUCUAUUGACAGUAUUUUUCAUUCUGGCGCGAAUUUCAUGAAUGGGUAUUUUUUACGCAUUUUGUUGUAACAGUUCUGCGAAAAAUAAUGGGUGAAACAUACCGAGGUUGACGUACAAGGUCUGUACUCAUUUAUGGGUACAAACGCUUUGCCCAUUUAAUGGGUUAUUCCACUUUUAUUCAAAAUAAGUAGUUUUCUACGCAUUAAUGGGUACUUGAUUUUAUCAGUGUAAACAGUUUGACGUUUAACUCAACUCGCCUGUGCUAAUUGCCCCUAGGAACAAAUGCAAUUUGCGAAUGCGAUUUAAAGGCAAUUUCAAUACUUAGACUAAUUUUCUGGCCGCUGAUAAGGACUUGGUUUUUUUUGCGUUUUUCAAACAUGGCGGUUCAUGUUUGGCUUAAGCUUAAAAUAGUUUUUUUUUAAACGAUUGGCGUAUUCUCGCUUGUAUUUUGUUUGUAUAGUGCACUUCAUUUAGCCAACGAAUGUGGGAAAUUGUGGAAUCGUGUGCAAAUAUAGUGGAACAAGAUAUCCGACCUAAACUCUUAAUAAAAGUCAGAUUGUGGUAAGUUUUGGUGUGCAAUGCCAAUUUUUUCCUGUAGUUUGGUGGUGAUUACCUAGUGUAGUGAUAAAUUUAUGUGAGUUGAUAAUGAAUCCGAAAAUAAGAAUUAUUUGUAAUUUUUAUAUUGGGCCAUUAAGGGCGAUUAAAUGGCGCGUUCCAUGGGCAAUUUAAGGGAGGGUAGAGCGGCUAAAAAAUGACGGCGGCAAAUCGCCCAAAUGUUGCAUUUGAAAUAGCCCCCUAAUUGCCAGCAAUUUGCUGGCAAAUUGAAGGGCAAUUAGCGCAUCAGAGUUGGCAAAUAGCCCUCCGUUAGCCAGCCCUUUUUGACAGGGAAAGUUUGUAAACACGGUUCACAGUAAAAGUCAAUUAAUGUCGGAUUGGUAGUCGAUUUCGUCAGUGUGCACAGGCUUAACUAGUCAUAGCACGUGUAUCUGCGGGCGAGAUGCAUUAUAGUAUAGGUGUUCACAUUCGUCAUGUUUUAGUGUGUUGGUUUGUUGCUAGUGAAAUUAAUCAUAGCGGCCCAGGACCGCGAAGCACAUAAUCAACAAACCGACCAAUCGAAACGAAGCUUGUAAACACGUGGUAAAAAUAAGUAUGGCGUCCGGAAUCGCAAAAGAGCAAAUGUUUACAUCACUAACCAAUCAGAAUGAAGUAUGGGACCACGUGCUUCUGUUUCUUCUUCAUUUCUUCUUGUUUGCCCGGAAAGGUGACAGCUGAUGCACACAUAGAAAAAAAUGUGUACACCUGUAUACACCUCGAUCUGCGGGUACACAAAUUAUGAGCUCCACUGACAGUUCAGAUUGUUCUGCUCGUUCUGCUGCAAGCACGAUCCACACUAAAUAGAAACGAUACGACAUGACUCGAUUUUUAGAUAUUUGUCAUCGAGCUAAAAUGUUGGUCAAUAAAUUGAAGUAAUAUAUUAUUUUCUGCAUUGUUGAUUAAUAAUAAACGCUUUACACCAUGGCUUCUCAAUAAUAAAACGAAUUCGAGCAUAAAUCAACAUUAACAUGACGUUUUAGACCUUUGCUUGAAAAUCUCGAUAGCGUAGCAGAUACCUGAGUCAAUAGGCGAAUAGUGCACCAAACAUAUUUUAUUGAGUGAACCAGUUGAACAACGCAAAUAGCACUACUAGUGCUCUAUUUGGAGGGGAUAAGUAUUGCACAUCCAUAGGGAAAUUUAUUUCAAGUAGUCAGUAUUUUAAAUCAUGAUUAUACUGUAUAAUGUGGGGUAUAUUUAUUAUUACAAACUAGUUUCAGAAUUAAUUCGCCUAUUGGAGUAGAUAUGCACAUAAUUUGCAAAACAAAUCCAUCGAUCACCAUAGAGUAGAAUGCCAACAUAUAAUUCUAGAGAAGAAGUUCUAAGUAACAUUGAAUGAUACUAACGCUCUUUGUACCGUCACAAUAUUUAUUUUAAAAAUGUACCUUUUCACCGAAUUAACCCCCCCCCCCCCCCCCGGCCACUCAAGGACUGGAUAUACAGAGAUUUAGGGUGUUUAUUGAUAUCGACAACACAAGUCUGAUGGAUAAAAUUAGCAUUGGUACUAUCAGCGAUCGUUCAAUAUUAUCGGAUUCACAUUGGGAGUUCGUGGAUCAGAUACACAUGUCUUCGAAGCAACGGAAGCGAUCCGAAAGUGAUGUAUGUGCACAAGAAUCCCUUCGGAAUCGUCUCCUGGGGCGACCUGUGUUAACCGAUACUGAUGCGCGGCCGUACAAAUGCGAGAUAUGUGGCAAAGGAUUCGUUCGGAAGUUUCUACUUGAGGAACAUAUGUUUACUCACACUGGCGAGCGACCGUACAAAUGUGAUAUUUGUGGAAAAUCAUUUAAUGCGGAGAGUAUUUUGAACAGGCACAGAAAAAUUCACAGUGACGAACGACCGCAUAAAUGCGAGGUAUGUAACAAAGGAUUUCUUCAAAAGUAUCUGCUUGAGCAACAUAUGCUAACUCACGCUGGCAAGUUGCAGUACAAAUGCGAAGUAUGUAGCAAAAAAUUUCUUCAAAAGUAUCUGCUUGAGCAACAUAUGUUAACUCACACUGGAAAUUUGCCAUACAAAUGCGAAAUAUGUGGUAAAGGAUUCGUUCGGAAGUUUCUGCUGGAGCAACAUACGUUUACUCACGCUGGCGAGCGGCCUUACAAAUGUGAUAUUUGUGGAAAAUCAUUUAGUGCGGAGAGUAGUUUGAACAGACACAGUAAAAUUCACAGUCAUGAACGACCGCAUAAAUGCGAGGUAUGUGACAAAGGAUUUCUUCAAAAGUAUCUGCUUGAGCAACAUAUGUUAACUCACACUUGUGAGUUGCCGUACAAAUGCGAAAUAUGUGGCAGAGGAUUCGUUCAGAAGUGUCUGCUUGAGCGACAUAUAUUAACUCACACUGGCGAGUGGCUGCACAAAUGUGAUAUUUGCGGCAAACCGUUUAAUGAGGAGAGAAUUUUGAACAGGCACAGAAAAAUCCACAGUGAUGAACGACCGCAUAAAUGCGAGGUAUGUGGCAAAAGAUUUCUUCAAAAGUAUCUGCUUGAGCAACAUAUGUUAACUCACACUGGCGAGUUGCCGUACAAAUGCGAGAUAUGUGGUAAAGGAUUCUUUCGGAAGUUGUCGUUUGAGCAACAUAUGUUUACUCACACUGGCGAGCGGCCGUACAAAUGCGAAAUAUGUGGUAAAGGAUUCGGUCGGAAGUUUCUGCUUGAGCGACAUAUGUUAACUCACACUGGCGAGCGGCUGUAUAAAUGUGAUAUUUGUGGAAAAUCAUUUAUUGCGGAGGGUAUUUUGAACAGACACAGAAAAAUUCACAGUGAUGAACGACCGCAUAAAUGCAAGGUAUGUGACAAAGGAUUUCUUCAAAAGUAUCUGCUUGAGCAACAUGUGUUAACUCACACUGACGAGUUGCCGUACAAAUGCGAGAUAUGUGGUAAAGGAUUCAUUCAGAAGUUUUGGCUUGAGCGACAUAUGUUAACUCACACUGGCGAGCGGUCGUACAAAUGCGAAAUAUGUGGUAAAGGAUUCAUUCGGAAGUUUCUGCUUGAGCAACAUAUGUUUACUCACACUGGCGAGCGGCCGUACAAAUGUGAUAUUUGUGGAAAAUCAUUUAUUGCGGAGGGUAUUUUGAACAGACACAAAAAAAUUCACAGUGAUGAACGACCGCAUAAAUGCGAGGUAUGUGGCAAAGGAUUUCUUCAAAAGUAUCCGCUUGAGCAACAUAUGUUAACUCACACUGGCGAGCGGUCGUACAAAUGCGAGAUAUGUGGUAAAGGAUUCGUUCGAAAGUUUUGCCUUGCGCGACAUAUGUUAAGUCAUACUGGCGAACGGUUUUUCAAAUGUGAUAUCUGUGGCAAAUCGUUUAAUGUGAAGAGUUACCUAAAGCUACAUGUGGUAGCUCACACUGGCGAUCGACCGUAUAAAUGUGAUAUAUGUGAAAAAUCAUUUAACCGUCAGAGUAAUUUAAAUUUUCACAAAAAGAUACACAGUAAUGAACGACCGCAUAAAUGUAAGAUAUGUGGCAAAGGAUUCCUUCAGAAGAAGCUGGUUGAACCACAUAUGGUAACUCACACUGGCGAGCGGCCGUAUAAAUGUGAUAUAUGUGACAAAUUAUUUGCCCAUCAGAGUAUCUUAACUGUGCACAGAAAGAUACACAAUAAUGAACGGCCACAUAAAUGCGAGAUAUGCGGCAAAGGAUUCUUUCAGAAGUGCUUGCUUAAGCAACAUAUGGUAGCUCACACUGGUGAGCGGCCGUACAAAUGUCAUAUAUGUGACAAAUCAUUUGCCAGUCAGAGUAUCUUAACUAUGCACAGCAAGGGGCACAGUAAUGAACGACCGCAUAAAUGCGAGAUAUGUGGCAAAGAAUUCCUUCAUAAGCAUCACCUGAAGCGACAUGUGUUAACUCACACUGGCGAGCGGCCGUGCAAAUGUGAUAUAUGUGACGAAUCAUUUGCCCAGCAGAGUACCUUAAUUUUGCACAGAAAGAUACACAAUAAUGAACGGCCACAUAAAAGCGAGAUAUGCGGCAAAGGAUUCUUUCAGAAGUGCUUGCUUGAGCAACAUGUGGUAGCUCACACUGGUGAGCGGCCGUACAAAUGUCAUAUAUGUGACAAAUCAUUUGCCAGUCAGAGUAUCUUAACUGUGCACAGGAAGGGGCACAGUAAUGAACGACCGCAUAAAUGCGAGAUAUGUGGCAAAGAAUUCCUUCAUAAGCAUCACCUGAAGCGACAUGUGUUAACUCACACUGGCGAGCGGCCGUGCAAAUGUGAUAUAUGUGACGAAUCAUUUGCCCAGCAGAGUACCUUAAUUUUGCACAGAAAGAUGCACAAUAAUGAACGACCGCAUAAAUGCGAGAUAUGUGGCGAAGAAUUCAUUCAGAAGAAUCAGCUGAAGCGACAUAUGGUAACUCACAGUGGCGAGAAGCCUAGAUAGAAAAUCCAGCUAACAAGUUUUCUAUUACGAUUAGAGCUAUGUUCACCUGUUAAAACAUGUUAAGAUUGUCAGUUGUAAUAAGGUGGGGGCGAUGUUUUUAGUAACGCCGCCACUGCAUCUCAUUGCUGGAACCAUUUGCGAGAGAAACAAGUGAGACACGUUGUACACGAAACGACGAAAUAAAGCCGUUAAAUCGACCGGUCCCGUGUCGUAAUUUUAUUUCAUUUUUACCUACGCGAGUCCCUACGAUUAGUUUCGGCUGUUCCGUUUCGAGGAAACUGCUUAACCUGUUCAUUGGGAACUGAGUUUCCCACAAAGAUACGUGUAAGGAACAACCUUUGAUGGUAUGUGAGCAUGUAGGGCCUAUAAAAUCAAAAUGUAAGUGAUCUUCCUAUGGAAACAGCAAAAACACGAUUUUUGAUUGGAGACGCCUCUAAAUUAUGUCCAAAUAAUGCAUUUUUGGGGAAAGUUUUUAAAUUCACACCAAGAAAAAAAUCUGAGCAGACCCAUAUAUAUUUCAAAGCAUUUUCAAAUUGUGGAGAGUUAUAAUAACUAUCUAUUUAUCUAUUCAAGUAGAUUCUUUUCAGAUACUUUUUAUAUCAUUGGACUUACAAAUUAAAAAUAUCGUAGACUGAUUUUCCUAGAUCUCUGAAACUAUAGUAUGUACAAUAUACGACUCAACGGUCGAAUACCACAGUACAUUUAUUAAACGUCAACUGAUAGAAUAGGCAGAGCGAGAGCGAAAAUGUACAGGUUAGCAAGGAGAUCGAAAAUACACGAACAUUCAUUCCUAUUACAACCGUA